AUGACUCUUUCGAAGAUCGCGACUCUUGCUGGCUUCCUAGCCUCUGCCAGCCUUGUUGCUGGCCACGGUUACGCUACUAGUCUCGUCAUUGACGGCAAAGCAUACGGAGGAUGGAUUGCUGAUAACUACUACUACAUGAAAGACCCACCUGACUGCUAUGGCUGGUCUACCACAGUCACUGACAAUGGCUUUGUCGCCCCCGACUCCUACACAAGUGACGAUAUCAUCUGUCACAGGGGGGCUACUCCCGCCGCUCUCAGUGCCCCUGUCGCUGCUGGCAGCACCAUCGAGAUUACUUGGAACACCUGGCCCGAGAGUCACAAGGGCCCUAUCAUCAACUAUCUCGCCAAGUGCAACGGCGACUGCUCCACCGUUGACAAGACCAGCCUGAAGUUUGUGAAGAUCCAAGCCGACGCCCUCAUUGACGCGUCUGCUAAUAAGUGGAUCACCGAUGAUAUGAUUGCCGACAACUUCACUGCUACGCUUAGCAUUCCUUCUUCCAUUGCCCCAGGAAAUUACGUCCUGCGCCACGAAAUCAUUGGCCUUCAUUCUGCUGGCCAGAAAAACGGCGCUCAGAAUUACCCUCAGUGCUUUAAUCUUAAAAUCAGCGGCAGCGGCACUGCCAACCCGACAGGCACCUCGGCCACUACUUUUUACACUCCUACCGACCCUGGUAUCUUGUUUAAUCUUUACGCGGGUGCUACUUCCUACCCCAUGCCUGGGCCGGAGCUUUACAGCGGCUAG